AUGGCCAAAGCUCACGGAGGAAGGGUGAGAGAGCUUAUAGAAAACGAUGAAGCGGAGAGCUAUUUCAUGGGAACAGCCGGGAAAAUAGGAAGUGAAGAAUGGAGGGAAGGAUACCGCCCGGAGAAGAGGCCUAGACAGGAGGAGGAAGGCAUAGAUCAGAAGCUGCAGAGGAUGAAUGAACAGCUGCUGACUGAGUUGGGGGCAAAAGACCACGGCCAGACUCUUUUGCCCGCAUCAUCACCAUUUUCGGGAUGGAUUCAGCAAGAGACCAUCCCUAAAAAUUUCAUGAUGCCACCAAUGGCGAUGUAUGGUGGAGUAGGGAACCCAAGAGAGCACUUCCUCAACUACAAAACUUUUAUGGAGUUACAGACCCUAUCGGAUGCCUUGAUGUGCAAGGUAUUCCCUACGAUACUCACAGGCCCAGCAAGGGCUUGGUUCAACAGUCUGGAGGCAGGGAGUAUCAAAAGUUUUGGUGACCUAGCCAACAUCUUCAUCAACCGGUUCAUAGCAGGAGUACCGGCUAACAGAAAAACCAACUACUUAGAGACAGUCAGGCAAAAGAGGAACGAGUCCCUGAGAGAAUAUGUAGCCCGUUUCAAUACGGAGGCCCUGCAGAUCCCCGAGCUGGAUGAAAGUCGGGCUGUGGAAGCUAUGCAGAAGGAGACUACCUCCCCUGAGUUCUUUGGUUCCCUGUGCAGAAAGCCACCGACCUUCUUGGCAGAACUGAUAAAGAGAGCAGAAAAGUAUAUAAGGCAAGAUGAUGCCUUGACAACCAGCAGGUUCGCUAAGGAAGCGACAGAUAGGGGGAAAGCUCCCGAGAAAAGGAGGUCAGACAGACACGAGAAAAUGCCAAAUAGGGGGCCCGAGGUGUACAGACAACCUUGGGAUAGGAGAGAGCAAAGACCGCCGCUACCUCGGGUCCCAGAAGCCAUCACACCCUUCAACGCCUCCAGAGCUGAGGUGCUCGUGGCAGUUCAAGAUAAGGAGUUCCUUCAGUGGCCCAAGCCCAUAAGAGCGGAGGCAAGCCAGAGAGACCCUGACAAAUAUUUUCAAUAUCACCGCACCAAUGGCCACGAUACCAAUGAUUGCUACUAG